GGGCGGGUGCAGCCCCUCAAGGCCUGCUGGUCGCUGUGCUGCUGUUGGACGAGUAGGAGGGGAAGGGAGGAGCCCUGCGUUGGCGGCACUGCGGCGGUUUCAGCUGACCCAGAAUCGGAUCGCGCGCGCCAGCCAGUCCUGCGGGAAAAAAUAUAAUGAAAGAAAAAAAUAGACGAAUACGCUUAUACACAAUAUAUUAUGUCGGAACGAAGCUGUACGUCUGUAGUGGGUAAUUGACAGGUCUGCGCCUACUGAAUUUUCUUUUAAUUAUUUCGUGCCCGGACCCGUCUGCCGUCAAACUCGUGUGCACGUCAUUUCGCGGCGCCGUAGUGUGUAUGGACCGCACUUCGACACGGUGAUGCCGACGAUUACCGUCGAGGACGGGCGUUCUUCUGUUGCUAUGCGCGUCGUCGUACAAGUGUACUGUUGAAAAGACAUGAGCGUCGCAAUGGAACAGAACAUUGGGGUCUUCGAUCCUGCUUUGGCCGGCUUACUGGAGUCGUUGGUGGGAUCACGGGACGCCAUAUCCGCGUCCAAAGAGGAACUGGACUUCUUGUCCAACUUAUUGCAAAGCAAGGAACUACACGCUCUUUUCAAAGUUUACAAUACCAUUGUUGACCGGGUACGCGAUGAUCGGCGAUGCUCUCCCGUGUUGUCGAGUUCCAUGCAAACCACAUUGGAUGUCAUGGAAGUUAUAUUGCCCAGAAUCUCGCUCAGCGAUACAUCCAGACAACUUUUUCAGCUAUUACAAAACCCCCACAUACAGGGACUUCUGUGUGCCCAUGACGCAGUAGCUCAAAAAGACUACCUACCCCGACUGCCAGACAUUCCUCAAGAGAUGGAUGAGGAUGAAGAGACAAUCAAGAUUGUGCAAUUGGUUAAAAGCACUGAACCAUUGGAUGGGGAACCUGAUUCAGCUGAACCAAUUGUGGGUGCCACAAUAAAAACUGAUGAAGAAAAUGGAAAAAUAAUUAUAGCAAGGGUUAUGCAUGGUGGUGCUGCUGACAGAUCUGGUUUAAUAAAUGUCGGUGAUGAAGUUUGUGAAGUGAAUGGAAUUAAUGUUGAAGGAAAGUCUCCAGCAGAUGUACUCCAAAUACUACAACAUUCUGAAGGGACAAUAACAUUCAAAUUGAUUCCGGCAGACCCAAAAAAUGGAUCGCGAGAAAGCAAAAUGAAAGUUCGAGCCCAUUUCGAUUUUAACACUGAUGUUGAUCCUUACAUUCCAUGCAAAGAGGCCGGUUUAAGUUUUGCCAAAGGAGAAGUACUUCAUAUUGUUAGUCAGGAUGAUCCUUAUUGGUGGCAAGCCCGGAAAGAAGGGGACCGUAAUAUGAGAGCUGGACUUAUACCAAGUAAAGCUCUACAAGAGCGUAAAAUAAUUCAUGAAAGAUUGUCAAUGACAGAUCAAAAAAAGAAAUGGGUCAUGGAUACCGUUAAUGGGGGUUGUAUUGGUGGGGGCGGAAUGACAUGUUUGCCAGACCGUUCAUUAGCUAAAGGCCCAUUAUGUGGGUCAUUGGCCGCUCUGAACGAUCUCGGUGAAGACAUGGCGUCCGAAUGUUCGGUACGUACACGUGUUAAAAAAGUUAUCUAUGACGCAGCUGAAAGUGAUGACUAUGAUCGUGAAGAUAUUGCUACAUAUGAAGAAGUGGUUAAGUUGUAUCCAAGAAAUGAAUUUCCUCGGCCCAUUGUCUUAGUUGGUCCACCUGGUGUUGGUAGAAAUGAGCUGAAGAGACGUAUUAUGGAACUAAAUCCUGACAAAUAUCACACACCUGUACCGCAUACAUCCAGAUCUCCUCGGCCUGGAGAAGUAAAUGGUAAAGAAUAUAAUUUUGUCUCAAGAGAAUUAAUGGAAGAACAAAUAGCCCGUGGUGAAUUUUUAGAAUUUGGUGAAUACAAAGGCAAUCUUUAUGGCACAUCUUUAGAAAGUGUAAAAUCAAUCAUACGUUCCGGACUUACUUGUAUUAUAAACCCACAUUAUCAGGCAUUAAAAAUGUUACGCACUCCUGAUAUAAAACCUUACAUUGUAUAUAUUAAGCCACCAGUAUUUGAUAUAUUAAAAUCAACUAGAAAUGCAGCAUUUGCAAUGUCAACAUUUGAUGAAACAAAUUCUAGAGGUUUUACAGAUGAUGAGUUCAAUGAGAUACUUAGGAGUUCAAAACGAAUUGAAUUUCUUUAUGAUCAUUGGUUUGAUGAGGUAAUUGUAAAUGAUGAUUUCAAGUUGGCUCUGGAGCAAUUAUUAGAAGCUGACCAUAAAUUAAAAACCGAACCAUUAUGGGCACCUGCUGCUUGGUUACAGUAAAUUUUUACAUUAUGCGCGGAAACUAGUCAAUCAUUCUUAACCCGCCACCAAAACAGUAUUUAUAAGUGUCCAGUAGAACACAUCAGACUUCGACCAAAUAAAAAAAUGAAAUGAUCAACCAUUUUGUUCUAAUUUUGAAUGGAUGUAGUUAUAUAAUUUUAAUAGAUUUUAUAAUAUAAUAGUUAGAAGAGUAUUGAAAAUUAAAUACAACUCUUUACACAUAAUAAUUUAUUUAUGCUUUUAGAAACAAUGUUAAAUAACUUUUAAUUACGCUAUUUACGGUUGUGAAAUUUAUUUUAGAUUAUAACUAAUCUAUUUUUACCCAUUUCUAGUCAAUAAUGUUUAAAAUCCCACAUUUAUUGAGAUUUUAUUAGUAAGUGUUAGGUCUUACAAAUUAUAUUUUCUGAAACUUUAUCAUUACUAAAUUAUUUAGUGUAGGCAUUUAGCCAAUUUUCAGGAAAUGUAUUUUGUUUUAAUACAAGUUAUAUUAUUGUCAUAUAGAAUUUACAGCAUAUUUGAUUCGAAAUCAUACACACGACACCAGACAUAUACCAACACUGUGUAACUGUUGUUCAAAUUUAAUUUUGAUGCAAGCUGUAUGAUAACAUUAUUUAUAGAUAAUAUUUUAAGUACGCUGUUAUUAUUGUUGUAUUUCAUUCAAAUUUCAUGACAUGCCCACAUGCCAAUGGAACAAAUAUUUGUACUUAUUUUAAAAUCUUAUUGAAUUAAGUUUUAAAUCUGUUCUACAGCCUAAUAUAAAGUUAAAAAUGUAUGAAUUAUUUAUCAACUUAUUCUAAUGAUGAAAUACAUUAAUAUAUUAGGGUACAUUUGUUAUAUAAUUAAUUGUGUUAUUGUAACUAUUUUUUUCUCUAUUUAAAAAAAUGUUUUAAUAGUUUAUACAGUGGUUUUUAGUAUAUUGACGUGAAUUUUAUGUAUACCGAACAUUUAAUAAAAUGUUAAUUUAAAUCAUAAA